AUGGCAAAAGCGUACACGCAGGAAGAUUUUGAUGAGCUUAUGGGGAAAGUUGGGAAGGUAGAUUUUCGGCUGGCAGAGUAUUUGGAAUUGGCUGGAAGAGAGAAGUGGGCUAGAGUGUAUGCAACUGCUAACCGAGGGUGGACAAUGACUUCAAACAUAGCAGAAUUUAUUAAUCAUCACCUUGUAGCAGCAAGAGAGAUUCCUAUAUUUGAUUUUCUAGAAGAAGUGAGGAAGAUGUUUGGAAGAUGGAAUUAUAAUAACCGGAAAAAUGGUGCAUACACGUUCACAACACUCGGUAAAAAGUUUCAGGAGAUGUUGUCAAUAAAUGAGUAUCUAUGUUUACGUAUGACGGUCGAACCAUCAACCGAAUACUUGUACACAGUAUAUGAUGCCAGAAGGCGUUUCAUCGUUAACUUGGACAACAAAACUUGCAGUUGUCGGAUGUUUCAAAUAGACGAAAUUCCAUGCCCACAUGCAUGGGUUGUCAUUAAGAAGAAAAAUCUAAUGGCUGAUGAUUACUGUUCUGAAUUGUUCAAACCGCACACCGUGGUGAAGACGUAUGAUGUCGCCGUGGAUCCUCUCCCUGACGAGCGGGAAUGGAAGAUUCCAACAUACAUAUCAGAGGAUGUUGUUUUGCCACCAAGAUACAAGAGACCUCUUGGUAGGCCGAAGAAAAAGCGUGAUAAGCCGUUAUUUGAAUUGCUUCUUGGAAAAAAGAGACAUGCUUGCAGUACUUGUGGACAGACUGGACACAAUAGACGAUCUUGUAAUAAUGAUCCUAGAAGGAAAUAA